UUUUUUUUUUUUUUUUUUUUUUAAAGUUAGCAGCAGCCAUGUCGGGUGUUGUGCGAGGCCCCGCUGGGAACAAUGAUUGCCGAAUUUACGUGGGGAAUCUCCCACCGGAUAUUCGCACCAAAGAUGUGGAGGACGUGUUCUACAAGUACGGGACGAUCCGAGAUAUCGACCUAAAGAACCGCAGAGGAGGUCCGCCGUUCGCCUUCAUCGAGUUCGAAGACCCGAGGGACGCAGACGAUGCGGUCUACGGACGUGAUGGGUACGACUAUGACGGCUACAGACUGCGGGUGGAGUUCCCACGGAGCGGCAGAGGCUCCAGAGGCGGGUAUGGGGGCAUCGGUGGAGCACCCAGGGGGAGAUAUGGACCUCCAUCCAGGCGCUCAGAGUACAGGGUCGUUGUGUCAGGUCUUCCUCAGAGCGGCAGCUGGCAGGACCUGAAGGACCACAUGCGCGAAGCGGGCGACGUGUGCUACGCCGACGUUUACAGGGACGGAACCGGAGUUGUAGAGUUUGUGCGCAAAGAGGACAUGACCUAUGCCGUCCGAAAGCUGGACAACACCAAAUUCCGCUCCCACGAGGUAUGUGUACGGGGUUUUGAUGAUSUGUCAUGGAUAGUGAUGAUUCUUUGCCGYGUCGCGGUGAGUAUCGUAACGAAGUGUUCCUUUAGUCGCACGCCGACACCCAGCCCUUAUCGUUGCCCGUCUGUAACUUCGGCCAGAGGCAGGAAUGUUGCCUUUUCAAUGUCAAGUUCUCUUGUGUCCGCCAGGGAGAGACUGCUUACAUUCGUGUGAAAUUAGACGGUCCCCGCAGCCCGAGUUACGGACGAUCACGCUCCCGCAGCCGUGGCAGCAGAAGCCGGAGCCGCAGUCGCAGCGCC